UGCAUCAGAGAACGGCACGCCAGGAGGGAAGCAACCCCAAACACUGGACUCUGCUGUCACAGACACUGGCAGCUCUGCAGGAGAAGAGAGACGAUGGCCAUCAUUGUAGCUCUUGUACUUUUGAUUGCUGGGUUCUGCCCUGCUAUUCUCUGCCAACCAGAUGGUACAAUAGGAACCACAGUCCAAGAAGAAAAAAAUAAUGGGGCAGGAGUGGACAAUCUAGCACUGGCCUCAACCAAUACUGACUUCGCCUUCAGCGUCUACAAGGAGCUGGUUUUGAAGAAUCCAGAUAAAAACAUUGUCUUCUCCCCACUCAGCAUCUCAGCUGCCUUGGCCGUCCUGUCCCUGGGAGCAAACAACAACACUCUGCAAGAGGUUCUAGAAGAUCUCAAGUUCAAUCUCACAGAGACCCCUGAGGCAGACAUCCACCGGAGCUUUGGGCAGCUCCUCCUCAUGCUCAGUCAGCCAAAUGAGGAGCUGCAGAUCAAUAUAGGCAGCACCAUGUUUGUUGAAAAGCGCCUGCAGAUCCUGGAAGAGUUCAAGGAGAAGUCAAGGGCGCUGUACCAGGCAGAGGCCUCAAGUGUCGACUUCCAGCAGCCUCAUGAGGCCAAAAAGCUCAUCAAUGACUAUGUGAGGAAUCAGACCCAGGGGAAGAUCAAGGAACUGAUCUCAGGCCUGGAUGAGAGCGUAGUAAUGGUGUUGGUGAAUUACAUCUACUUUAAAGGGAAAUGGAGGACGCCCUUUGAUCCUGAUUCCACAUUUGAAUCUGACUUCUACUUGGACAACGAGACCACUGUGGAGGUGCCCAUGAUGAAACUUAAAUUUCUGAGCACACCCUACUUCCGGGAUGAGGAGCUGUCCUGCACUGUGGUGGAGCUGAAGUACACAGGCAAUGCCAGCGCCCUGUUCAUCCUCCCUGACCAAGGCCGGAUGCAGCAGGUGGAAGCCAGCCUGCAGCCAGAGACCCUGAGGAAGUGGAGGGACUCUCUUACACCCACCAUAAUUGACGAGCUCUACAUGCCCAAGUUCUCCAUCUCCACGGACUAUAGCCUGGAGGGCAUCCUUCAACAGCUGGGCAUCAGAGAACUCUUCUCCAUGCGGGCUGACCUGUCUGGGAUUACAGGGACCAAGGACCUGAGAGUCUCUCAUGUGGUCCACAAGGCUGUGCUGGACGUGGCUGAGACAGGCACAGAAGCAGGUCCUGUGGACAGUCAGUGUCAGGUUCCCGUCCUCUUGGCUGCACUAGCUCAUGCUCCGGAGCCUGAACUCUGUCUUUGUGGCCCCUCCCUGCUACCUCUCCUCUAUGUGCCUCUGCCCAAAGCUCGGUCCCUGGCAGGCUCUGCCAAGCCCUGUCCCUUGCAGGGUCUCCUGGUCCUGCCCACAUCCUGCAUUGUGUUGGAGCACUUGCUCCUGCAGCUGGCCGAAGCUGGUUGGUCCGACCAGCUCCUUUUCCCCUAG